GGGCUGUCUACGUUACAUACCGGGAUUACGGAUAAUUAUAUAAAGAAAUCUCGAUGGUACAACAAGUGGGGGGGAGUGCAAAUGACAAGCCGCCCAAACGUGGGCUGUGGCGAGGCCUAAUCCUUGCCUUCGAUGAGCCAAUAUGAGGCCUGGAAGAUCAGGAAAUCACUCGCCACGCUGACAGUAGCCUUAGCCUAACCAUUUAAUAAGGUUGAUCUCCUCUUAUUGCAUGUACAAAAUCCUGAGCAUCAAAAACUCAGUACUGACCAAAAAUUGGUGCCUCUCGCCGUCCCACGCAUGUUAUGUCCAUAAUGGAAGAGCUAUUGGCACUCGAACGACGGAGGGAGAGGAAUAGGGUAGCACAACGAAGACAUCGUGAAAAUGCAAAAACAAGUACCAAAGGAACGCGGCCACAGGUGGAAAGAAGCGGAUUCAGCAACCCAAAAUCGCUACCUCAACAGAGAAUCUACCCGGGGCAGGCAGCAAACCGAAGUAGCAUAUAUUCAAGGAGCAGUGAUCAGGACGGCCUGCCCUGCUCAGCUGAUGUCGGGUCCGGCCUACAAUACAGCGUGGACUCCAAGUCAGCACAGAACCUAUUUUCCGACGCACAGUUUUCACCCCACGCCUCAGAAUACAGUCAUAUUGGCCCGACAUGGCCUGAAACCCUCCAAUCAGGCCCCUCCCCUUUUACCAUGGAUACAGUAUUCUCUACCAGCUCGAGCAAAGCCAUGGUCGGUCCCAGUCUCUGUGCUAACUGCCACGCUUACGGCAAACCACACGAUUCGAGCGCAACGAUUACCUCGUCUGCGAACACGACAACCUGGCCGGUAGGCCAAGAUAGAGAUCAGGACCCGGCCCGCGUUACUGGAGUAGGGUCCAGAAUCUGGACGACUCCCCUCCAUAUCUCUGUCACCCAGGGUCAUCUCUGGGCUGUGCGCCUCCUUCUUGAUCGAGGCGCCGACCCUAACGCCAUUGACGGAGCCGGCUCCACCGUGCUUCAUACGGCCGUCCAGAGCGGUCACCACACCAUCGUGCGUGAGCUGCUUCGACAUCAUGCGGAUCCAAGUUCCAUGGACUUGAUAGGGUGGCUACCAUUGCAUUAUGCUGCAGAAGCGGGCGAUGAAAACUGCAUGCGGGCUUUGCUGAAGGCAGGUGGGGAAUAGAAAUUGAAGGGUGACAAGCAUUACUUUCGGUUGAGGCUAAGUCAUUCGAAAGUUUGACGCUGCCCGGUGUCUAUUUUGCUGCUAGAUCCAUUGUGAAUUAGUGUCAUAGAUCUUUGAUAUGAAACAG